AACGGGUGAAAUGCAAGUGCAAAGCUAUCUCUGCAGCUGAUGACCCCUCAUCCCCUCAUCUCCGCAUAAUUAUACCCAAAAAGGCACUCUUCUUACCGCGAGAUUGCAUCAUCGCAUAGAUCGACUGCCCUCAUAUAAGGCCGAUCGCAUUCCAGUAGGGGUGAUGGCAUAUGGAACAGAGAUAAGAAUCCCAUCAGUAUGCCACCCUCCAAGACCAAACCAGUCAUUCUCUCCCUUGAAGCGAUUGCCUCCCAAGCCCCAGAAUCCUUCCCUGACCCCUCGCACGGCCAUCUCACCUGGCGCACUCUCUUCACCCACCCAACCACCCCAACGAGCGAUCUCUGUGCUGGAAUUGCCGUCUGUUCUCCGCAGACGGGCCACCUCUGCGCCCACCGUCACACGCAAGCAGAGCUUUACUACGUGCUCGAAGGUCGCGCCACGGUGACGAUCGACGGGCAGCCCCACCGGGUCGCCAAGGGCACGGCCGUGUUUAUCCCCGGGGAUGCAGAGCACUCGGUCAUGAACGACAGUGAUGAGGAUUUCAAGUGGCUUUAUGUUUUCCCUGGGGGAAGUUUCGGGGAUGUUGUCUACCGGUUUUCCGAAAAGGCCAAGUUGUGAAGGCUGACGAGGACUUCAUGUACCGAGGGCUAUUUAUAGCUCGGCCCCGCCGUCGUUCUCGUUUUCGUUCUCGCUCUCGUUCUCGCUCUCGAGAGGGCAUCCCAGACAUGAAUUAUGUUGAAUGGAAGGUUGAUGAAUGAAA